GUGUCUCCGGAGACCAUGAAGACCGCUCAAGCCCUGCAGAGGCUGUGGAUCCAGGCUGUUAAAAAGUUGGGGAGAUUGAAAGGCCGUGCCCCAGGCAUGGAAGAGCUGAUAUGGGAGCAGUACACCGUGACUCUACAGAAGGAUUCCAAAAGAGGAUUUGGAAUUGCAGUGUCUGGAGGCAGAGACAACCCUCACUUUGAAAAUGGAGAAACAUCGAUUGUCAUUUCUGACGUGCUCCCCGGAGGGCCUGCCGAUGGGCUGCUUCAAGAAAAUGACAGGGUGGUCAUGGUGAAUGGCACCCCCAUGGAGGACGUGCCCCACUCCUUCGCAGUCCAGCAGCUGAGAAAAAGCGGGAAGAUCGCUGCCAUUGUUGUCAAGAGGCCCCGGAAGGUCCAGGUGGCCCCGCCCAGGGGCAGCCCUUCCCUGGAUCAGGAUGACCGGGCUUUCGAGGUGAUGGACGAGUUCGACGGCAGAAGUUUUCGUAGCGGGUACAGCGAGAGGAGCCGGCCCAGCAGCCGCCACGCCGCCCACAGCCGCAGCCGCAGCCGCGAGCACCUGCGCUCACGCAGCCCCAGCCCUGAGCCCAGGGGGCGGCCUGGGCACACAGGCCAGCCCGACCCGGACAGGCCCAUCGGGGUCCUUCUGACCAAAAGCAGGGCCAGCGAAGAAUAUGGUCUCCGGCUGGGGAGUCAGAUCUUCAUAAAAGAAAUGACUAGAACAGGUCUGGCUACCAAGGAUGGCAACCUUCAUGAAGGGGACAUAAUUCUCAAGAUCAAUGGAACUGUAACAGAGAACAUGUCUUUAACGGAUGCUCGAAAGUUGAUAGAAAAGUCCAGAGGGAAGCUCCAGCUAGUGGUGUUGAGAGACAGCAAGCAGACCCUCAUUAAUAUCCCUUCCUUAAACGACAGCGACUCGGAAAUAGAAGAUAUCUCAGAAAUAGAAUCAAACCGGUCGUUUUCUCCGGAGGAACGACGCCAGCAGCAUUCCGAUUAUGAUUAUCAUUCUUCAAAUGAGAAGCUGAAGGAAAGGCCCAGUUCAAGAGAGGACACGCCGAGCAGAUUAUCCAGGAUGGGGGCCAUACCCACUGCGUUUAAGUCCACAGGGGACAUUGCCACGGCAGUGGUCACAGAGUCCAAUAAGGAGCCCAGAUACCAAGAGGAAUCCCUAGCUCCUCAACCCAAAGCAGCCCCAAGAACUUUUCUUCGUCCUAGUCCUGAAGAUGAAGCAAUAUAUGGCCCUAAUACCAAAAUGGUGAGAUUCAAGAAGGGAGACAGUGUGGGCCUCCGGUUGGCUGGUGGCAAUGACGUCGGGAUAUUUGUUGCUGGCAUUCAAGAGGGUACCUCAGCGGAACAGGAGGGACUUCAAGAAGGAGAUCAGAUUCUGAAGGUGAACACACAGGAUUUCAGAGGUCUGGUUCGGGAGGAUGCUGUUCUCUACCUAUUAGAAAUCCCCAAAGGUGACAUGGUGACCAUUUUAGCUCAGAGCCGAGCUGAUGUGUACAGAGACAUUCUGGCUUGUGGCAGAGGGGAUUCGUUUUUCAUAAGAAGCCACUUUGAAUGUGAGAAGGAAACUCCACAGAGCCUGGCCUUCACCCGAGGGGAGGUCUUCCGGGUGGUCGACACUCUGUAUGAUGGCAAGUUGGGCCACUGGCUGGCUGUGAGGAUCGGGAACGAAUUGGAGAAAGGCUUAAUCCCUAACAAAAGCAGAGCUGAACAAAUGGCCAGUGUUCAGAAUGCCCAGAGAGACAACGCUGGGGACAGGGCAGAUUUCUGGAGAAUGCGUGGCCAGAGGUCCGGGAUGAAGAAGAACCUAAGGAAGAGUCGGGAGGACCUAACAGCUAUUGUGUCUGUGAGCACCAAGUUCCCGGCUUAUGAGAGGGUUUUGCUGCGAGAAGCUGGAUUCAAGAGACCUGUGGUUUUAUUUGGCCCCAUAGCGGAUAUAGCAAUGGAAAAGUUGGCAAAUGAGUUACCUGAUUGGUUUCAAACUGCUAAAACGGAACCAAAAGACGCAGGAUCCGAGAAAUCCAGUGGAGUAGUUCGGUUAAACACUGUGAGGCAAAUUAUUGAACAGGAUAAGCAUGCACUACUCGAUGUGACUCCAAAAGCUGUGGACUUGUUGAAUUAUACCCAGUGGUUCCCGAUCGUGAUUUUUUUCAACCCAGACUCAAGACAGGGUGUCAAAACCAUGAGACAGAGGUUGAAUCCAGCCUCCAACAAAAGUUCUCGGAAGUUAUUUGACCAAGCCAACAAGCUUAAAAAAAGCUGUGCACAUCUUUUUACAGCUACAAUCAACCUCAAUUCGGCCAAUGAUAGCUGGUUUGGCACCUUGAAGGAAACGAUUCAGCACCAGCAAGGAGAAUCCGUUUGGGUCUCUGAAGGAAAGAUGGAAGGGAUGGAUGAUGACCCUGACGACCGCAUGUCCUACUUAACCGCCAUGGGCGCGGACUAUCUGAGUUGUGACAGCCGCCUCAUCAGCGACUUUGAAGACACCGACGGUGAAGGAGGUGCCUACACUGACAAUGAGCUGGAUGAGCCAGCUGAGGAGCCGCCGGUGUCUUCCAUCACCCGCUCCUCGGAGCCGGUGCAGCAUGAGGAGAGCAUAAGGAAACCCAGCCCAGAGCCACGAGCUCAAAUGAGGAGGGCUGCUAGCAGAGAUCAACUUAGGGACACUAGCCCGCCCCCAGCCUUCAAGCCAGAACCACCCAAGGCUAAAACGCAGAGCAGAGAAGAAUCCUACGACUUCUCCAAAUCCUAUGAAUACAAGUCAAACCCGUCUGCCGUCGCUAGUAACGAAGUUUCUGGGUCACUGGUCAAAGUUCUUCCUCCUCCUGUUGCAGCGAAACCUGCCUUCGGAAGGUCUAUCCUGAAGCCCUCUACUCCCAUCCCUCCUCCAGAAACUGAGGAGGUAGGAGAGAGCUGUGAGGAGCAAGAGAACACUCCCAAAUCGGUCCUGGGCAAGGUCAAAAUAUUUGAGAAGAUGGAUCACAAGGCAAAGCUACAGAGAAUGCAGGAACUCCAAGAAGCCCAGAACGCACGGAUUGAAAUUGCUCAGAAACACCCCGAUAUCUAUGCAGUUCCGAUCAAAACACACAAGCCAGACCCCGGCCUGCCCCAGCACCCAAGUUCCAGACCCCCUGAGCCACAGAAAGGCCCUUCCAGGCUUUACCAGGAUCUCCGGGGAAGCUAUGGCAGCGACGCUGAGGAGGAGGAAUACCGGCAGCAGCUGUCGGAGCACUCCAAGCGCGGCUACUACGGCCAGCCUGCCCGCUACCGGGACACGGAACUGUAGACACUGCGGAUGGACUUGGGGGCCGGCCGCUGUCACGUCAGAGUCACCCUUCUGCCAGGCCACCGGAUGGCCCCAGAACAGUUAAACUCCACGGUGGACAUGUGGGCCCGAGUUUUCUCAUGGGGAUCCUGGGGGACAGCCUGUCUGAAUUAAAACUAAAGGCUCUGUUUGUGGGACUGGGUUAGAGGAGUUUAGAGCUUUUUGCUCAGAAUGCAGAGAAACACGACAGUCUGAUACUGCUGUGCUUGCUUCAGUGGACCAAAAUCUGUGUUCAUUCUGUUUGCAUAUUUUAAAUAUGUAUAUUAAGAAGCAAUAACUAGUUUUCCUCAUUAUUAGCUGCCUUCAUGGACUAUUUCAGUCUGAGGCGGAAUAUGAAAAAAGGAAUAAGAAAUGCUGUUGGACUCGAACUAAACUCAAAGAAGUAUUUUAUUACAACUCUCUUAAGUGCCUUUGAUGAGAAGUGUCUUAAAUUUUCUUUGAAGCUUUUUACAAGGCCAUAACAGACUAAGAUAUUAUUUUGACUAAAUUUUUAUACCAGAUCAAUAGCCUGAGUUUUAUUCCUGCACUGUACUAUCUUUUCAAGGCAUUUGUCUCUGUAAUAUUUUCCGUAAAUUCUGACUGUAUAUAUAAGAGUUUGGCUAUCAGUGCUAAAUAGCUCAAAGACCCCAUAAAUUGGUAUAGACAUUAUUUGUUUGUUUGUUUAAAACCAUGUGCUCCACAAAAGCAGAUCCUUAAGGAAAACAUUCUAUUUUCAAAAGUGUAUGUAUUGACAACAUUCAGUUUUAUAACUUAAUAAAAAGGAGUACAUUGCAAUCAA